AAUUGAGCAGACAGACGCGGACAGGAGAAGACAAAAACGAACAAACACGGAACCGACUGAAAAAGUAGUAUUGCAUAGAUAUUAUUAUCAUAUUAUACACCUCGGCUGUCCGGUACAUACCGGUCAACUUGACUGACUACUAAUGGACGAGUAUGACGAGAUGUUCGGGAUAGAGGACGAGUAUGAACAACAGUUCGCUGAUGAGCUGGAGGUCCUGGCUGAGAUGGACUUUCAUCAAGCUCCUUCCACUAAGCGUUCAGAGUUCCGGAAGCAGAAGCCUCAGUCGUUCCAGGAAGCCAUCACCGCUGGUGACCAGCCACUCAGGAGCCAAUCACAGGCAUCGUCAGAACGGAGCCUCGGCCAAUUGGAAGGCCCGUCUGUGGCGUGUGACGGAGAGGACAUAGAACACCUGUUGGCGGACGAACCAAUCACUCCCAAGGCUAAGCGUCUGAGGCAGGAUGUGGCAAAGAAGCUGUUUGAGGUGUCUCAGGUUGAUGACAUCACCCCCCCGUCGUCACCAGAGGAGUUCCAUCGAACCCCGAGCAGCAGACCCCAGCUAAUCCCGGUGAUCUUGGACAUCAGUGGCUUCGCAGCCAUCCAGGAGUCUCCUCGGAGAGUCACCGCGGCAACGUCGUGUCACGUUCUGAAGCGCCCCCCGGCCGAGGGGGGAUACAUUAGUGUGACGGACCAGACAGGAAACCGCGUCUACCUCCGACAGACAGACGACCUGAGGGGAAAGGCUGUGGACCCCAGUGCUUUUCGUAGCUCCCAUAAUGCAUUGGGUUUGCUGGCUGUUCCCAGAGUACUGAGAGAACAGGUGGCCGAGAAGCGUCAUCGCCAAGUGGUGGAGGAAUCUCAGCGCCCAACAGAGCGACUCAACAGGUGUGUGUGUGUGUGUGUUUCACCUAAACUGCGGGAUCGAGAGGAGGAGGAAUCCUCUCGUCUCUGGGUGGAUCAGUUUUCUCCUCAACACUACACUGAACUACUCAGCGACGACUUCACCAACCGCUGUUUGCUGAAGUGGCUGAAGCUGUGGGACCAGGUGGUGUUUGGACGAGAGAGGAAGACACGCCCACCCCAGCCGAGAGGCCCGACCAGAACACACCAGGGGAACUUUAAUCAAGCCAAUCAGAAAUUUAAGACCAAGAGUCAGAUCACUGAGGAGCUUCUGGAGGCCGAACUGGACCAAUACAAAAGGCCCAAAUACAAGGUGGUGCUGCUGUCUGGUCCUCCGGGUUUAGGGAAGACCACUCUGGCCCACAUCAUCGCUAAGCAUGCUGGGUACAACGUGGUGGAGAUUAACGCCAGUGAUGACCGCAGUGCGGAGCUGUUCCAGAAGCGUAUCGACACAGCGACCCAGAUGAGGUCAGUGCUGGGAGCCAAUGAGAAGCCUAACUGCCUCAUCAUCGACGAGAUCGACGGAGCACCCGCCGCUGCCAUCAGCAUCCUAUUGGCCACUCUGAACAGGAAGGACAGCCAGGGGGCGGAGUCAGAGGCGGCGCCUCUAAAGAAGAAGAAGAAAAAAGAGUCGGUCCUCCUCCGACCAAUCAUCUGCAUCUGUAACGACCUGUAUGUUCCAGCCCUGAGGCCUCUGAGGCAGCAGGCGUUUCUAUUGGCCUUCCCCCAGACACAGCCUUCCCGCCUGGCACAGAGACUGGCUGAGAUCUCCAGGGGCCAGGGUAUGAAGGCUGACAUGGGGACUCUGAUGGCUCUCUGUGAGAAGACGGACAACGACAUCAGAUCCUGCAUAAACACACUGCAGUUCCUCCACGGUCGAGGGAAGAGACAGCUGGACGUGCAGUCGGUCCAGUCCAUGAGGAUCGGUCAGAAGGAUCAGAAUAAAGGACUGUUCAACCUCUGGCAGGAGAUCUUCCAACUGCCGCGCAUCAAACGGAAGCGUGUGGGCGAGGAGCUGGAGGAGGGCCUUAGAGAAGGAGGCGGGGCCGAGAGACUACAGCACAUCCUUCACCUGGCCUCUUCCACCGGAGAGCACGACAAACUCACACAGGGUCUCUAUGAUAACUUCCUGUCUAUGCGUGUGAAGGACCCCGGUCUUGGCAGAGUGUGUCAGGCUCUGGAUUGGUUGGGCUUCUCAGAUGGGUUGACCCAGGCCAUGCUGCAAGGACAAAACUUCUCUCUGCUGCGAUACCAGCCCUUCCUCCCCGCAGCUUUCCACUUCCUGUUUGCUCACACACACAGUCCCCCCCGCAUCAACUACCCCCACAGCCAGUACGAGGCUCUAACUAAGACCUCAGCCAGCAGGAACGCUCUGGCUGCUAUCUUGUCUGAAGUCCCAGCAUGCAUCAGGACUAGAGUCAGUGAGCUUAGUCUCAGUCUGGACAUCCUGUCGCUCCUGCUGGAUAUCAUCUGUCCCAAACUACGACCUGUGAACCCCCAACUGUUCAGCGACAGAGAGAAACAGCAGCUGGUUGAUCUGAUUCACACCAUGAUCUCCUACAACCUGUCCUACAGACAGGACAGAACGCCUGAUGGACAAUACGUCUACGUUCUGGAGCCGCGUGUGGAGCAGGUGGUCUGUUUCCCAGGCUUGCCCCCCCAUAGACAGCUGACCUACCAGACCAAACAGACGAUCAGCAGAGAGAUGGACCAGGAGAGGAUGAGGAGGGCAGAAUCACUGAUGCUGCUACGCAACCCACACCCGGUCAGACACACACACACGAAGCAGGAGGAGGAGAAGGAGAAGCAGCCUAAGGCAGUGACAUCAUCUGUGACAUCGUCCGUCAGGAACCACCAACAGAGGCUGGAGAACAUCCUGAGAAACACUGUCGUCGAGAUCAGGCCAGAGGUGGAUUUCUUUGGCCGAGCCGUCGCCCCCAAGGAGAAACCACAGGUGGUGUCCACUACAGGUGAGGUGUGUGUGGAGGUUGCCAUGGGGACAGCGGUUGGCAACAGUGACGUGUGGUUCCGCUUCAACGAGGGCGUGUCCAACGCCGUGCGACGCAACAUCUACAUCAGAGAACUGCUAUAACUCACACACCGUACACACACACACCGUACACACACACACCGUAGACACACACACACCGCACACACACACACACCGUACACACACACACACACCGUACACACACACAUCGUACACACACACACACCGUAGACACACACACACCGUACACACACACACACACACACACACACACCGUACACACACACACACCGUACACACACACACCGUACACACACACACACCGUA